AUGGAGGCGUCAUUUAGCUCUAAUGUGGAUCGCUUGGAGUACCUUUACCUGAACUUAGUUGGUCAGGUGGUGCAGGUGCGCUUGACAGAUGGUGCGUGCGUGGAAGGCGUCUUCGUGUCUCGAACAGACGUCGAUGUGGAAAGUGAGGCCGGCAUUCUUCUUUGCUGCACUCGGUACCUCGCAUCCGCAAGGCACAAGCCACUCGACCCGUCGUGCUCGGAGUUUACGGAGGACACGAUCAUCCCUUACCGUAACAUAGUGAUGGUGGAAGCGCUGAACGUGAAGAUACGGACGGAGACGCCCGGCCGGGCUGACACGGGCCGCAGCGAGCUCCCCAUCAACAAGUUCGACUGGGCCGACGACGGAGCCAACGAGCUGCUUGACAACGAGCCCCACCAGGCCGGUGCAUGGGACCAGUUUGAGGCGAACGAGAAGACCUUUGGGGUGAAGUCGACGUACCGGGAGGAUUUCUACACAACCCGGCUCGACCACAGCAAGAUCACGGAGGAGCAGCGCGCCCAUGCUGAUCGUGUCGCGCGCGAAAUCGAAGUCUCAUCCACGCGCGGUAUUGCCCACCGCAUGGAGCGUGAGGAGUACCUGAAAGACGACGAGGGGUUGGAUGAGGGGGCACUCUACUCCGAUGUGCAGCGGCCACAGGAGAAGAAGAAGGCUGUCUACGUGCCACCCGUUGCUGCCGCACGCAAAGCCGCUGGAGAGAUGCAGUCAGCACCGCCACCGCCGCCACCAGCAGCAGCAGCAGCAGCAGCAGCAACGGCGGCGAUGGCAGAGGAGAAUGCGAUGCGCCAGAAACGCGCCGAUGAGGACAAGCACCCGAUGCCGCACGAAAAUCACCCAAAAUCACCCGGAUUUAACCCUGCGGCACCCCCGUACACACCGAUGAAACUCGGGGCCUCUCCGUCGGCACCUGUUACAGACUUCAUGGCGGCAUUGGCAGAUCUUAUUUUGAGUAGUGAGCAGUGCUACGAGUGCAUCCCCCAUUGGCCUGGUACUUGCAUGUACUACGACCAGGAUGACUCCUCGUACUCACAGCAAAGCUAUGACACAGGUGUCCCUCAACCUGGUGCGGGGGCGGCGCCACAGAUGUACGUGAACCAGCAGCCAGCUUUGCCCACUCAUCAUAGGACGUUCCAAGGCCCCGGUGGACGAAUGAACCCUAACCAGCCGAUGCCCAUGCNCCAGCAGCACCAGCAGCCGCAGCAGCCAUUCCACGGAUUUGGCAAUUUCCCGCCACCGCAGCACCACAAUGCGCCCAUGCCGGAUUACGCCUCAGCGAAGGGCGCGCCGGCCGGCCUCAUGCGCAACACCAUGCGACCGCAGAAGAGCAGCGGCGCCUCCCGUGUUGAGCCGCAGCAACCGGUCAGCACCAACACCGCCGUCGCCCCACCACCGGUGCCCACGGUGGAUAGCACGCCAAACCCUCCAGCGGAGGUGAAGCACGUGCCAAAACUGCAGCGUGGACGCGGCGCGGCGGCGCCUCAACGCGGCGAUAACGACGGGACCGCAGACACGGCCGGCGGCAACACCGGUGGCCCCAAACGGCGCGGCGGGAAAUAG